AUGGCGACUAACAUGAACAGACUGAACAGCCGCAGUCACCGUUCCCAAAGGAUGCAGCUUCGCCUACAACGUGGGCUUAAUAAAGAUCUAUCUGUCUUACUCAGUGAUGUUUCAGUGGCUAGUAUCCAGGAGUACAUUGGGGGACAAGAUUUUUGGAUUACAUUUGAUACCGGCUCCUCAGACCUUUGGGUGGUCUCAUCAGAUUGCACCAAUUCAGAUUGCCAGGGCAUCACAAGAUAUUCGUCCUCGUCAUCUAGCACCCUGACGUUAUCAGAUCAGCCGUUCAAGUUGGCAUACCUGAUGGGAUCAGUGCUGGGAACGGUAGGCACAGAGACUGUGACCCUCGGCCCGUAUGAAAUAUCCUCUCAAACGUUUGCCUUGGCUAACCAGACGAGUGGACUUGGUCUCUCUAUCACGGGAAACUCGGGUAUUCUAGGCCUAUCAUUUCCACUUGCCGCUUCCAUCCCCAUAACGUCUGGGACACCCGUUUUGAACAAUCUAUUUGCUCAUUUUGAUGAUCAGCACCGGUUCUUUGCAUUCAAGUUAGGACGAAACGAGUCGCAGGAUGUCCUCGAUUCCUCCCUGACAAAUGACACAAGCCAGUUCGUAUUCACGCCCGUCUUCGCAUCGACACCGGACGAGUAUGACUUCUGGAAGCUUCCUAUCCAAGAAAUCACCAUCAACUCACAGGUCCUUCCUCUUUCCCGUUCGCUGAUCCGCGGUGCAUCGUCACCAAUCGCUGUGCUUGACACCGGGACAACUCUCAUUUUAGGCCCAGCCGGAGACGUCGAUGCGUUCUGGGAUGCGAUCGGUACGGGUGGGUCCACGAAGUUCAACCAGCAGACAAAAACGUGGCAAGUGAGGUGCGAGAGGGCCGUAGACGUGCGGAUUAAACUUGGCAAUUCCGAUACCGCAAAAGAAUAUCCACUCCAUCCCGAGGAUGUCAGCUGGGCUAAAGAUGAAGCGCAAGACGGGUGGUGUACCGGCGGUAUACAGGUAAACAACGGAGUCGACUCUGGAGACUGGCUUCUCGGGGCUGUAUUCUUGAGGAAUGUCUACGCCAUACACCAGGGCACAACAAGCUCCGAUCCACCCAUGAUCGGAUUAUUGAAUACGACGGACCCAUCGGCGGCCCUCGCAGAAUUCACAUCGUCUAGAGGACCGGAUCCUGCUCCCCCACCUUCCAUGCAACGUGUCGGUUCUUCAGCUACAGAAACGAGGGAUACUAUCGCGACCUGUGUGGUAUGCGGAGUGUGCGGAUUUUUGAUUGGAGCCAUUGGAAUUGUGGUCUUCCGGCUCCGGCGGCGAAGGCGAUCGCAAGGACAAGUACAUAUAUAA